AUGCGGGCGGCUACCGUAUUCCUUUUGCUUGGGCCGGUGGUCCAUUGUUUCGACGGGGUCACCGAACCGGAGCUUGAUUUGAGGCCGAACACCUAUACGAAGAAAACGAUAACUCCGUUGGAUGCAACUGUCGAUAGUACACUCGCGGAACGAUGUGGCGGUAAGGAAGGAAAACUGCCGGCAGCGGAUAGUAUAGUCGGCGGAAAGCCGGUACAAAACGAGUCCGAUGAACGUUUUCCAUGGGCCGUUGCCUUUUUCCGGAGUGAUCCAGCGGCCUCGGGGGAACGCCCCUACUGCACCGGAACACUGGUUUCUGACCGUCACGUCAUGACAGCCGCGCAUUGCGUACAAACAUGGGGCCCAAAUAACGAGUAUGAAGAAGCCGAGUGGUUUCCGAUGGAGCGGUAUUAUGUUGUGAUGGGUGCGAAAUGUGUGGUCUCCAAUGGCCAAUGUGAGGCAUUGAGGGCGAGGAGGACGAUUAGGAGGAUCAUCAACGCGGUCAUCCCAAUGGAAAUGAGCAGCCAUCCGACCAAACGUCGUGGCGGUGAUAUCGCCAUCAUCGAGCUGGAGACCCCGGUUCUCGAGAAUGCCACGUUGAAAUAUGCGUGUUUGCCGCCGGCUACACUCGAUCUCCCUCACACGGCCGACUACACGGAAUGGGGCUGGGGGCUUUUGAGACAUGGAACCUCCCAGGAUCCUUCUCCACCAGCAAGUGAUACCCUAAACUAUUUGGAUGGGGUGACACUGGAUGAGUGUACACCUAAAAACAGUGGAAUGGCGGUUGACCUAGACGUAAUCUGUGGGCAUUCUGUCGGAUCUAAUGAUGGUAUCGAAGAGGGCGACAGUGGUUCGGGAUUCGAAUGGCAAAGGAAGGGAAAAGGCCCGAAUUAUGUCAUAGGAGUAUCCGCUUAUACACUUGGCAACAAGGCGAACGUCGGGUAUAUGACGGAUGUGAGGAGAUACGCCAAGUGGCUCUGCGAACACACAAAAAUUUGCUAUAUGAGACGAAAA